UAAUGCUCUCCAUCAUCAUCUUCAAAGCUACUUACUCUUCACUACUUCCCCACCGUUGAAAAAAAAGAUUUGAAAUAUCUGUAUAUUGAUGAUGAUUGUGAGGUCUGAGUUUCAUUUUCGUGGUCUUCUGAUCUUUCAUAUUUCUUUUCAGCCGCUGAUCAGAGAAUUCCAAUGUCUUUUUCAUGGAGAGAACGCCUUCGGAGUAAUUACAAAGGAAAAUUUGAAAAUGUUACCUGAUCGGCCGUCUCUUAAGUACUGGUCGAAGGGCAUCUUUGACCAUGAUGAGGAGUUUACAGCCGCUACCUAGUUAUCCCAAAUGCUGCCCGGAAUUUAUACAGAAGAAUAUUAUAAUUAGUUUAAAAUCUUCUUAUUUUCCCAUUCUUACUUGAAAUCAGGAAUCCAGCCUCCAAGCUUUACUUUCAGGGUUUGAUUAGAGAGUAGAAAGUCGAAUUCAUAAUUACUUCUCAAGUCUUUCUAUUUUUCCAUUCUUACCUUCUUACCUUUAGACAGGAAUCCGCCCUCCAAGCUUUACUUUCAGGGUUUGAUUGCAGAGAGUAGAAAGACAAUGGAAUUCAUAUUUACUUCUAAAGUCUUUCUAUUUUCCCGUUCUUACCUCUAGACAAGGCAUCCCAAGCUUUACUUUCAGGGUUUAAUUACAGAGAGAAGAAAGACAAUGGAACUGAUCAUAAUUACUUCUGAAGUCUUGCCCUUUUCCUUUUCUUACCUUUAGACCAGGCAUCCGCCCACCAAUCUUUACUUUCAGGGUUUGGUUGCAGUGAGUAAAAAGACAAUUGCAAAGAUGCACAAGCUAAUUUGGCCAGUGUUGCUGCUACUUUUCAUAGUUGUGAAGGCAAAUUCCGCCUCCUGCCCGACGGAUUUCAAUUAUGUGAGUCAAAUAUUAUGGGACAAAUCCUCCUGCGAAUCUGUGGAAGCGGGCGACGGCGAUUGCUGCCAGACGCUGCUAAGUUUAUUCGGAGUAGGGUUAGCUCAGUAUCUCAAAGACUCAUCAAAUUUCGAAUUCCCCGACUACGCCUCAGCAAACGCCUGUGUAAAUUCAUUCCAGAGCCAAGUCGCUUCAGCAUCUGUUUCCCCUGCCUUGGUCACACAGUGCCUAAACGACACCUCCAUGUUUGUAUCCAGCCCCAAUCUUUGCAGCGGAAUACAGACUAAAAAGGACUGGCUUGAUCUUCUCGGAACGACUUCCAUCGACACGGCCUGCAAAGGGGAUUUGACCAGUUUGGCCUCAUGCGAUGCCUGCAAAGAGAGCGCACAGAUCGUGGUGAACAAAAUAUUAGGGAUCGAUAAAAAUGUCACGGCUGGGACGAGUCUCCAAUGCUUCUAUUUCGCCGUUAUUUAUGCGGCAGGCCUGGUAAAUGACUACGGCCCGAAGAACGACAAUACGGCCGCCUGCACCUUUGGCUUGACAUUAAAAGUCCAGGGUUCGAGUAACCGCGGGCACCUGGUUUUGAUCUGUUCGACAAUCACCUCUGCUGCGAUUUUCCUGGGGGUUUGUGCGGGUUUAGCGGUUUAUUUUCUCCGGGAGAAGAGAAAUCGAGAGGCAGUGCACAGGCGGUUCAUAAUGCGCAACCGGAGCCUGUUACAGACCACCGUGAGGCCCAACACAGGGGCAAUCUGGUUCAAAAUUGAUGAAAUUCGGGCCGCGACGGAGAAUUUCAGCCGGAGAAAUCUCAUUGGCCAGGGCGGAUUUGGCACUGUGUACAAGGGAACCGUUUCAGACGGUCAGAUCAUAGCCGUCAAGAGAAUAAAGAACUGUUCUCCAGAAGGGGACGCUGAUUUCUUGAACGAGGUGGAGAUUAUCAACAACAUAAGGCACAGAAAUCUGGUGGUUCUGAGAGGUUGCUGUGUAGCCAGCGAUGACGUGGAAGGGCACCAGAGGUUUCUGAUCUACGAUUUCAUGCCGAAUGGCAGCUUGGACGACCACGUAUUUGGAAGAAACUGUAAAGUACCGCUGACAUGGCCGCAGCGGAAGAGUAUUGUGCUCGGGGUGGCCAAUGGUUUGGCUUAUUUGCACUAUGGCGUUCAGCCUGCAAUUUUUCACAGAGACAUUAAAGCCACAAAUAUUCUGCUGGAUGCCGAUUUGAAUGCUUAUGUGUCUGAUUUUGGACUGGCCAGAAUGAGCGUCGAAGGGGAAUCCCAUAUGACCACACGUGUGGCUGGAACCCAUGGCUACCUGGCUCCUGAGUAUGCGCUUUACGGGCAGUUGACGGAAAAGAGUGAUGUUUAUAGCUUUGGUGUUGUUGUGUUGGAGAUAAUGAGCGGCAGAAAAGCUCUGGAUACUUCUGUGGAGAGGUUUUCUGAUUAUCUGGUGACGGACUGGGCAUGGAAUCUUGUGAAAGCGGGCAGAACAAUUGAAGUUGUGGACCAGGGGAUAAGGGAAUCUGGGCCUGCAAGUAUCAUGGAAAGAUUUGUUCUUGUGGGAAUUAUGUGUGCGCAUGUUAUGGUGGCUUUCAGGCCUACCAUUGUUGAGGUUCUGAAGAUGUUGGUAGGGGAUAUUGAGAUUCCUGAAAUUCCAGACAGGCCUUUGCCCCUCACGCACCAGUCUGUUGAGUAUGGUGAUGGUUCGUUGAGGAUUUCUGGUAGUUAUACUUACUCGCCUGUAAGUCAAAACAAAUUGCCCAGGAGGACUGUAGAAAACUAUAAGUAACAUAUGCUCCAGAUUUUACUUUGAAACAUCUGAACAAGAUCCAUAUACACCCACCCUGGAAUUAGACUUCAGUAACUAAUUGUAGUGAUAAAAGAAUGAUAUACACAAUUUCUGAGUUUUAAAUUUGACUGGCACCCAUGCCUGUCAAACAGUUGAUUUUUGCCGUAGUUAUGGCCUUAAAAAAGUGUUAAUCUAAUUAUUAUAUUUUUGCA